AUGAAAUUAGCCGCACCGCUGCUCAAGCGGCAUCUACCAUCGCACAGAAGUAACAUUAUUGUCAGUCUCGAGGCUUUCAAGCAGCUGGUAGCAGAGCAGUCGCGGUGUAGUAUCACCUACGAGGGUUGGCCACCGCCUUCACGUAUCAUAGUAGGCAACGGCUCGUUUGCCCCGUUUGGACGCAACAUUUUCGUUAUGCGAAGAGCACUCAAGGAUGGAAUGAGGACGGAACCUACCCUUGUACUCUGCUGCGGUACACGACCGACGCUGAUGUUCCGUCGCAGCGAGUUCGAAGCUUUAGUAAAGCACUUGCCGUGGAUAAAAAAUCAGCUACGUGAAUUUUAUAAAUUAAUUUAA